AUGUCGCACCACAGGAAGAGGGUGUAUCCGCAGGCGCAGUUCCAGAUUGGGCAGCAGGGCGUGGCGCCCGUGGGGGUGCCGCCAGUGGGAAUGCCGCCAGUGGCGGGAGGACUGGCUAUGGGGGCCGGUGCCGUUCCUAUUGCUGGUCCUGGCGCAGGUGUGGGUCCAGGUGCAGGUGCAGGGGUAGGCGUAGCCGCUGGCGCCGCUUCACCGGUACCUGCUUCUGCCUCUUUCACCCCUGCUCAACCGCAGAUGGAACAACUGGCGUCAGGUAUGGCUGGUAUGCAAUUGAACGGUAUGCCACCUCAACAGAUGUCGAUGCCAGUGUCGAUGCCAAUGGCAGACCCAAGCGCUAUGUACUCGCAGCAGCAACAGAUGCCUCAAAUGAACAGGAACGGGUCUGCAGUGAAACCAAUGAACAUGCUGUACCCGAUUGACUUGCUCACAGAGCUGCCGCCACCGAUCAGGGACUUGUCUCUGCCACCACCGCCUCUUAUGGUUCCACCAGAGAGGAUGCUUGUCCCCUCGGAGACGGCCAACGCGGCACCGGAGUACGUUCGGUGCACUUUGAACGCAGUGCCCAAGAGUAACUCUUUGCUCAAGAAGAGUAAGUUGCCCCUGGCGUUAGUCAUCAGACCGUACCAGCACUUACAGGACACGGUGGACCCUCCACCACUGACAGAGGAUGGACUGGUCGUCCGUUGUCGCAGGUGCCGGUCGUACAUGAACCCGUUUGUCACUUUCUUGGACCAGGGGGCCAGAUGGAGGUGUAACUUCUGUAACCUCGCAAACGAUACACCAAUGCAAUUCAACCACUCGUACGACAGGGGUGGCGCUCCAGGGCACCCACACCAACAGCAACAACAAUACGCAAACCAGUACGAGAAGAACGAGGUCAGACACGCCGUCAUGGAGUACCUUGCCCCGAAGGAGUACACGCUGAGACAGCCACCACCUUCUACUUACGUGUUUGUGAUGGACGUUUCGCAGAACGCUGUGAAAUCUGGGCUGCUUGCAACAACGGCAAGAUCUCUCCUGGAGACACUCGAUUUCUUGCCCAACCACGAUGGCAGGACCCGUGUGUCCAUUCUCUGCGUGGACAACGCGAUCCACUACUUCAACGUGCCCCUAGACGAGGAGCCAGAGACAGGUAUGCAGAUGCUUGACGUCGCAGACAUAGACGAACCUUUCCUCCCAAGACCAAACGCGAUGGUUGUGCCCCUGGCCCAAUGCAGGGAAAACUUGGAGACUUUGCUUGCGAAAAUACCAGAAAUCUUCCAGUACAAUGUGAUGGCGAAGUUCGCACUGGGACCAGCCCUCCGCGCUGCGUUCAACCUCGUCAAGAACACGGGCGGGAAAAUCGAAAUUGUGUCCUCCACUUUGCCCACAGCUGGGGUCGGGAAACUUGCCAAGAGAAACGAGGCAGGUGUAGCAAACACACCAAAGGAGUCCGCUCAGUUGCUCUCAUGUCAGGACUCCUUCUACAAGAACUUUACUAUUGACUGCAGCAAGUCACAGGUCACGGUCGACAUGUUCUUAGCGACAGACGAUUACAUCGACUUCGCAUCGCUAUCAAACCUUGCUCGAUACACGGGUGGGCAAACCCACUUCUACCCUGGGUUCUCAGCGGCAAACUUCUCCGAUGUCACUAAAUUCACAAAGGAGUUCUCGAAGCAUCUAUCCAUGGACAUCUCGAUGGAGGCAGUCAUGCGUGCAAGAGGUUCCACUGGGGUCCGCAUGAACUCCUUCUACGGACACUUCUUCAACAGGUCCUCAGACCUUUGCGCCUUCUCGACAAUGCCCAGAGACCAGUCGUACGUGUUCGAGAUGCAACUCGACGAAAACCUCAUGCAGCAGUACUGCUACGUGCAAAUCGCAGUGCUCCUGUCAUUAAACACCUCACAGCGUAGAAUCAGGGUCAUCACACUUGCGCUGCCCACCACAGAGUCCCUCAGCGAGGUGUACGCCUCCGCGGACCAACUCGCAAUCACCGCUUUCUUCACGCAACAGGCAGUCAGCAAAGCAAUGAACAACUCGCUUGACGAUGCCCGCGAACUGAUCAGCAAAGCGGUCACGGACGUCCUGGCGACGUACAAGAGGGAGAUCGUUGUCACGAACACUGCAGGCGGCGCCCCACUGAGACUCUGCGCCAACAUGCGCAUGUUCCCCUUGCUAAUGCACGCACUGCGCAAGCACAAGGCGUUCCGCACGGGUGUCGUCCCCAGCGACCAUAGGGCCUCUGCGUUAAACCAUUUGGAGUCCGCACCACUCAAGUACUUGAUUAAGAACAUCUAUGCGCGCGUAUACUCGCUGCACGAUAUGGCUGACGAGGCUGGGUUGCCCGACGUCACGGGGAGCAUCUGUCUCCCAGAACCAAUCAACGCCACGGCGUCCCUGUUUGAGCGGUACGGACUGUACCUGAUCGACAACGGCACGGAGUUGUUUCUGUGGAUCGGCGGAGACGCGGUCAACGAGCUUGUCAUGGACGUGUUCGGCACGGGGGACAUCCUACAGGUGCCCAUCGGCAAGAUGGAGCUCCCCAUCGUCCAGGACUCCGAGUUCAACGAACGGAUCAGGAACAUCGUCGCAAAAGUCAGGGAACACGACGACAUCGUCACGUACCAGACUUUGUACAUCGUCAGAGGCGCUUCCCUCAGCGAACCGGUCAACCACGCCUCAGCAAGAGAGGUUGCCGCGCUCAGACUAUGGGCGACAAGUCACCUCGUCGAGGACAAAAUCCUCACCUCAGAGAGCUACCGCGAGUUCCUACAGGCUGCAAAGAGCAAAAUCAGCAAGUAA